UCACUACAAGCUGGAAGAGGAAACCCAAAGAGCGAACAUGGUCGGAUCUCCCGGAUAUAUGAUUUCUUAAGCUGCUGCGAUACAGAGGAGAGUGCUGUGAUCACAAUAUUCAUUGCGAUCGAUGCACUGCUCUUUCCAUCGACAGCACCUCUAGAUGCAAACACAACUCUCGCCCUGGCAAUCACAGAGUGCGUUGCCAGGGCACCAACCAGACUGUUGGUGGGUGCACGGAGUAUGACACCUUGGGUAUUGCCCGUCCUGAAGGCAGUCGGUCGAGGGGUAGUUGCAGCAAUGGUUACCGUGACCGCAGACAUCGCCGAUGCCGAGGCACUUAGCCUGUACAGCCACCGCGAAGGCGAAAGCGAGGAGGAAUUGAGGAACGGAGGGCAUCUUCGUAGGUAUCAAAGGGCAAUGUAUCCGGCAAUAGGUGGACGGAUGUGUUGGAGGAUAAUCGAUGUGGUGGGCGGCUGCGUCAAUUUUGGCUAGGAGAGAGGGUCGGAGACG